ACCAAUGGUUAUCAUUAUUGCAUGAGCCCUCGACGGGGGGGCACUUGUCCGGGGGGCUACUCGGUGGUAGCUCGGUGGGUGUCCUAUAGCGUAGUAGUGUGUGAACAACGCUCUCGUUGUGCUGGAUUGUCAUCUGGUUUUACGCUUUCUGCCAAAUACGUGUCCUGUUUUGAAGUAAACAAGGGUGUUUACUGUUGACAUCUAAACGAGACACACGGACUGAUACCGCAGUUCUGCUCUCGAUGGCUCACGUAGGAAAGAGUGGGUCCAUGCACUCAGCUAACCUGCCGCCACCGAGAAACCAACAUGCCUUAUGGAAUAUUCAGCUGGAACCACCGCCGUUCCAGAUAAGUCCAUGUUUACAUUCCCACCGUUCUCCUUGCCACCACUAAGCACCUAAGGAGCUGCUCUAUACCAUCGCUCCUGGUCCCUUUCCAAAGUGCACAAUUUGUCCGUCGACACGCACUGCGACUCACUUUGUCCUUAAAGCAAAGUCCCUCGCCCUGACUCUACGCUGGCACGUGUCCCACCGCCUACCAUGAGAUUCAGGAUCUACAAGAGGAAGGUGGUGAUUCUGACUGUGGUGGUGGUCGUCUGUGGCCUUGCUUUCUGGAGCAGUGGGAGGCAGAAGAAGACCCACGACAGCAGCAGCAGCAGCAGCAGCAGCAACGAUGACGACGACGGUGGUCCAGCGAUCCCCAAGGAAGCAGAGGCUGUACGGAAGAGUAGCAGCAGCAGCAGCAGCAGCAGCAGUAGCAGUAGUAAUAGCGUUAGCAUUAGCAACAGCAACAACAACCCCCAGGCACAGGCUACCCCCACCGUGAGCCGCCCGCCCGCGCUAUCUCCCGUCGUCGUUCAAGCCAAUGAGAGCCAUGUGGAGAAAGACAAGGACAAAGGGAAAGCCUCGAGGCCGGACACGGACAACACCACCAUGGUGUACCGGGGCAUCGUCUUCCAGCUCAACUUUGACCAGACGAUAAGGAACGAGGAGAAGUUUAAGGCGGCCCGCAAAAAGGGCAACGUGGUCGUGGUGGUUCAGGUCCACAACCGGCCGGACUACCUUAAGCUCCUGAUUGAGAGUUUGCGGAAGGCGGAGGGGGUGGAGGGCAUACUGCUGAUAUUCAGCCACGACGUCUGGUCCCCGGAGAUCAACCAGGUGGUGGCCUCGGUGGACUUCUGCCAGGUCCUGCAGAUCUUCUUCCCCUUCAGCAUCCAGCUGUACCCGCAGGAGUUCCCGGGCAAGGACCCCCGGGACUGCCCGAGAGACAUUUCGAAGAAGGACGCCUUGACGCUGGGCUGCAUCAACGCCGAGUACCCCGACUCGUUUGGCCACUACCGCGAGGCCAAGUUCUCCCAGACCAAGCAUCACUGGUGGUGGAAGCUGCACUUUGUGUGGGACCGGGUGCGCUCCCUCAAGGACCACGCCGGCAUGGUCCUGCUCAUCGAGGAGGACCACUACCUGGCGCCGGACUUCCUGCACCUCCUGAGGCUGAUGAGCGCGCUGAAGGAGGAGCAGUACUCGGAAUGCGACGUCCUCUCGCUGGGCAGCUACAGCCACAUCGGCUUCUCCAGCAAGGCGAACAAGGUGGAGGUGAAGGUGUGGAAGUCGACUGAGCACAACAUGGGCAUGGCGCUGAACCGCGACGCCUACCAGAAGCUGGUGCGCUGCACGGACGACUUCUGCACCUACGACGACUACAACUGGGACUGGUCCCUGCAGCACCUGACGGUGUCGUGCCUGGCCACCUACUGGAAGGUGAUGGUGGCCGAGGCGCCACGCGUCUUCCACGCCGGCGACUGCGGCAUGCACCACAAGAAGGCCGCCUGCAUGCCCGCCAACCAGAAGACCAAGAUAGAGAACAUUCUGCAGAGUAGCUCCAACCAGCUGUUCCCCAAGAACCUGCUGAUCACUAAGAGACUGCCCGCCAACGGGGCCGGCGGCGUGGCCCCGCACGUCAAGAACGGGGGCUGGGGUGACAUUAGGGACCAUGAACUCUGCAAGAGUUACCUUCGAUUACAGUGACCUUAUUACGAUUAUUGUUAUUAUUGUUAUUAUAUAUAUAUUGCUAUCUCUCUUUUGCAUCCUCUUUAAAGAAAAGAAAGCCUUUUAAAAAGAAAUCUUUAUGGACUAUUCUUCAUAUUGCCUGUUUUACUGGACUGUUGGAAAUAAAAGAAAAAGAAUGUUGCAUUGGGGUGUCGUUAUCAAUAAUGUAUGGUGUCACGAGGCGCUUUGCGGAGCGUUUUACUUUAUCACGUAAUUAACAGGCAAGAUGAUCGAGUAACAUCAUAAAAGGCUUUAUUGUUCAUCUUCCAUCUUCCUUUUCUUUACAGAUUAAAAACUAGAACAAUGCAUAAUUGCUGUAUAUCAUAAAGUGCAAAAAAGUAAUCACUUGGGCAUCAUUGAAUCUGUGGACUUAGCAAGCCCCCAUUGCAUGCAUAAUUAAUUAGAUAAGUAUUUAUAUCGCAUCAAUUUGCAGAGAUCAAAGCAGACUCCCGGAGACGUCUUGUUCCACUUAAACAACCCACCUACUUGGGCUAGCGUCAACAGGUUUCACUCAAGGUCGCGCCGUGCUCCCAAACGAAUGAUGUUUCAAGCAGGAACCCUCCACAAACAUGCGAUCGACAACCAAGCAGUGACGCCGUUCAAAACCCAGCAGAGUUCACUUUGUGGCAAUCCUCCAAGCAACUCAAGUCAAACAAACCUCCCCCGAAAGGAUAUUUUAAUUUGCCUAAGCGAUAUUUUGUAUUUAUUUAUUUGACUGGAAGGGGACCAAGGCUCAGUUGCUCAGAGAGCUAGAGAGAUCCGUCUGGAUAUGACGCCUCUAGGUGAUCUUCAGAGACGGUGGUUUUGCACGGAGGCCUCCUUGGCGGUGUCUGCGGCUGAAGCCCUGCUACUUAAGCUCCCAGUCCAAGUGCUGUUGCUUCCAGGGGGUGCAUUUACAUUUAAAGUGCCAUGAGUUCUGGCUCAGUAUCGACACUUUAGGACCGAGCGGCCCUGUGGCUUCUCUGAGGCGGCAUUGAUUUCCCACUCCCCCCCCCCCUUCCAGCAAUGCUCCAUAAAGACAAUCCUGCACACUGUUCAGAAUCUGCAAUAAAUGCAACUUCGUGGCAGAUUAGGGCUCUACAUAUAAGUAUUGCAUUACAUUCGCUAUCCUCUAUAGGAAGAUUCACCACCACACAGUAUAAGAGUUAGGCCUUAGUAUUGCCCUUCCCUGGGUGAAACAAAGACGUUAACGUCAAUUGUGCUCCAAAAAAGAAACCGACGUCAGUUACCGGUUGUUGCGACACAUUCCCCUUUAAAGACCCAUUUUUUAGUCUGCAGUCAUCCUCCUCAUGGUUUCCAAUACAGUGAAGCUCAGCGAGGAAGCAGGCCAGGGCCAUGACUCUGUUCGUGAUGAAUAACACCGCAUCCCCCCACAAUGAGUGAGUCCAAUAAUUGGGACGCAUCCUCAAGGGGAAACGGAGCGCAGAACCAAAUGGAUGUUAAAAGUAGAACACUCUUCCACCCAUCACCGCGCUCCCUCACUGAGAAUAGCUAACGGCCGCCGACGCGUACGAAAGGACCUUUUAGCGCAGCGGUUCAACCGGAAGAUAGCGCUCCGCUCCCGGGCCUUGGAAGAUGCAGACAUAUAUGAGCACAAUGGAUAUAAUAUAGGACACCCCGUACCGUACCAAUGCACAAUCACAAAGGGGUCGGUCCAGGCAAGCAAGCCAUGUCAUCAUGUGUUAGUCUUAUGAAAGAAAGUUAACAUGAGAUGCUGGAGAUGGAAAAUCUUUCAAUGGAUUUUGAGUGCAUUCCCAGAAGUCAAUCAUUGUAUUGAAAUGAGUAUGUUGUGGUGUAAUUCCCUUGUUGCUUGUCUUCCAUUAGAUGAGUCACCAGUCAAUCAGUGAUUCUCUUGUGGGCGGGGGGGGGGGUAUGAAUUCAUCAACUCAGUUGAACUCAAAUCUGUCUUUAUUACAUAAUUGGUCUAUAUUUGUUUUUUUCUUUAUGCAUAAAGGAUCCCCAACAAUGACGGAUACAUGACAACAUCCGUGAAAUAAAAAAAAAGUACAAAACGAGGGGUGGAUCGAAUUCUUCAGGGUGGGUCGAAUAAACAUGUGCAUAAUAUAAACAGGCAAGCUAGAACAAAACACUGACGUAAACUAUACAAUUUUGAAUCUAGGUCUCAGUUGGGGGCUUGGAGCGAAUAUGGCCCCUAACCUAAUUCAUGGGAAUCUGGAUAUUCCUUGGCCUUGUACUGUCUUAAUUUAUUCAGCUCUCCUAUAGUCUCUCACUAAACGGUUCAAUCGUUUUCAUCAUUAACACAACAGUUCUCCCAACGUCGUACCAUAUAUUUAAUCAAAUUGUAUUCCUAUGGAAUUCAGGGAAAGCAAACCUUUUAUUUAUUUCCAUCCUGAAAGCUGGCCGUCUGGCCCUGGUGGCCAGAUCAGCAGAAGUAGUUCAAUAAUAAAAGCGUUGCCCCAGGUCAAUAGGAUGCCCCAGGUGGAAGCCGGCUUUUAAUCGUUGCUACUUGCUAAUGCUGUUGUUGUGUGGGGUUGUUGGUUUGUUGGUUGAUUUCAGUACUGCUUUGUAGUGCAACAAUAAAAUUUAAAUUUAAAUUAAAAGUCAACAAUGGAAACGGAAGUAGGGAAGACAUCUGUUAAAAAUAUAUAUACACAAAGUAUGACAACAAUUUUGCAUUCUUGGAAGAAUAAUUCUCUCUCAGUAACGAAUCAAUCGUAUUCCCUAAGUGGUUUGGAAGCAGACCUCAUAUUAAUACCGCCAUUCCAUCCCUAAAAAACGUAAAAAGUUAGAUAUGAAGUGAG